ACCGCAAAGCAAAGUCACAUACACUCUCACUCAUUCUCUCUUUUUGACACAGAACCAGAGACGCACAUGACACAUACACAUACACACACACUCACAGACACCACUCCUUAGCAUAGCGGGACAAGCAGCUCACAAACAACAGAGACAUCUACUUGGAUUUUCUCAGAGGCUUUAAGAAGAGACCAGACACAGAGGACUGGAGAGAAGAGACCAGACACAGAGGACUGGAGAGAAGAGACCAGACACAGAGGACUGGAGAGAAGAGACCAGACACAGAGGAGUGGAAAGAAGAGACCAGACACAGAGGACUGGAGAGAAGAGACCAGACACAGAGGACUGGAGAGAAGAGACCAGACACAGAGGACUGGAGAGAAGAGACCAGACACAGAGGACUGGAGAGAAGAGACCAGACCAGACACAGAAGACUGGAGAGAAGAGACCAGACCAGACACAGAGGACUGGAGAGAAGAGACCAAACACAGAGGAGUGGGGAGAAAAAAAGUAGGAAGACAGCGGAAGCCACAGAAAGAGGAAGAGAAGAGACAAGACCGGAGUCCCAGUGACUCAGGCUCUACACUGAAGACUCCUAGAUCCUGAACCUGUGUUAUCAAGGAGCCCCCGUCCUCCUCCCAGCCCCCAAGCCCCCUGUGUGUGUAUCCUCCUAUACCGUGUGUGUGUGUGCGUGUGCGUGUGCGUGUGCGUGUGUGUGUGUGUGUGUGUGUGCGUGCGCACCCCUUGCCCUCCUUGUCCCACCCACCAUCACGCCCCCCAGUCCACCAUGCUGUGGACUGUUCCCCUAGCUCUGCUGGUUCUCCUCCUACUACAGACCCAGCUAUGUGUCUGUCUACGGGGGCUCCGAGCAGCCGGCUCUUCCUCCUCUCGCUCUCGUAAUGCCACCCAGCAGGGCCUACCUGGAGCCAUCAUCAUUGGCGUGCGUAAAGGUGGGACCAGGGCCCUUCUAGAGAUGCUCAACCUCCAUCCGGACGUAGAGGUUGCCAAAGCUGAGGUGCACUACUUCAACGUGGAAGAGCACUUCCGGCGGGGUCUGGCGUGGUACCGUGCCCAGAUGCCCUUCACCCUGCCUGGACAGCUGACGGUGGAGAAGACCCCUGGAUACUUUGCCUGUCCCCAGGUCCCAGUGCGGGUCUGGGAGAUGAAUCCUGCUGUACGACUACUGCUGAUAGUCCGCGACCCCGCCGAGCGCCUCGUCUCCGACUAUACCCAGGUCCUUCAUAACCGUGUGACCCGCCACAAGCCCUACCAGCCUCUAGAGGAGUUGCUGCUCCGGCAGGGCCACAUCGACCCGGCCUACAAGGCUCUGCAGAGGAGCCUGUAUCACCAGCACCUGGCCCGCUGGCUGGAUGUGUUCCCCAGGGAGCAGGUCCAUGUGGUGGAUGGAGAGGCCCUCAUCAGACACCCCUUCCCGGAGCUCCGCAGGGCCGAGAGAUUCCUGGACCUUCCCCCGCGCAUUGCUCCCUCCAACUUCUACUUUAACACCACUAAGGGGUUCUACUGCCUCCUCUCUGCCGGGGGACAUGACAAGUGUCUGGAUGAGUCCAAGGGGAGGCCCCACGCUCCUCUCAGCUCACAGGCCUUCAGGAAGCUGUGUGGAUACUUCAGAGAACCCAACAGGCUGUUCUUUGAGAUGGUGGGGCGCUCCUUCAGCUGGUGUUGAACUGAUUGGGACAGAGCACAGAGAGAUAGAGAGGGGACAUUGGAGAUAUUGGCCCGUAAUAACAAUAUUUGUCCAAAAUGUUACCUUAUUACCAGUGUGAUAAUUCUGUCGGCUUGCUUUGUUGAUUGAUGGUCCUGUGAGGCUCAGUUGGUAGAGCAUGAUGCUUACAAUUCCAAGAUUGUGGGUUCAAGUCCCACUGGGGUCUGGUAUGGGAAGAGAAUGUAUGCACUCACAACUGUGGAUAGGAGUAUCUGCUAUAUGACUAAAAAUGAUUGGUUGGAUGUGUUUAUUGAUGGGUGAAUGGGUGGAUGAAUCAGUUUAGGGUAGAUGAGAGAUGUGAGGACUACUGCUGCACACAUAGGACUUUAGAGAUCUCUAUGUUUUAAAUGUACUGUCAAUGAGCUUUUCCAAGCCAGGCUGAAACCCUGGGAGUAAGCAGCAUCCCAAGCAAAGACUGUAUAAGAUGACAAGCCCUCAAUGAGGGACACACAGAAUUACAUGAUGUGUAUAUUCAAUAUGGCUGCUCCACCCAUCACAGAUUAGAACCAUGACUUGAAUGCGAGACCAUUCUAGUGAUUCAAUGUUUAUGCUACGACCUGCUGGAGAACAUGAACUGAAGUGCCCGUUCUGUGAUACUGUAUACCUGGUGGUCCUAAUACUGCCUGAUCAUCACUCCUCCUGGUGCCUGUCACGUGAGCCUUUGCUUCCAGGGCUGAACACUGUCUGAUGCACAAACUGCCAUCAAAUCAAGUGUCAGAAAGGAACUACAAUAACCUGUAUCAUGAACAAUCAGGACACAUAUAUAACUCUUGAAAUACAAUAUCUGUAGCUCCUGCUUCGUACUUUUGACGUUCAUUAACAUAAGUUCUACAACAGACCCUGUUAGAAGAAACAGAUGAGUUCUACAACAGACACUGUUAGAAGAAACAGAUGAGUUCUAGAACAGACACUGUUAGAAGAAACAGAUGAGUUCUAGAACAGACACUGUUAGAAGAAACAGAUUAGUUCUACAACAGACACUGUUAGAAGAAACAGAUUAGUUCUAGAACAGACACUGUUAGAAGAAACAGAUGAGUUCUAGAACAGACACUGUUAGAAGAAACAGAUGAGUUCUACAACAGACACUGUUAGAAGAAACAGAUGAGUUCUACAACAGACACUGUUAGAAGAAACAGAUGAGUUCUACAACAGACACUGUUAGAAGAAACAGAAUAGUUCUACAACAGACACUGUUAAAACCUCUUAAGGGUCGUCCCCUUUUUUUCAAUUUUCAUCGAAAAUGACAUACCCAAGUCUAACUGCCUGUAGCUCAGGCCCUGAAGCAAGGAUAUGCAUAUUCUUGGUAACAUUUGAAUGGAAACACUUUGAAGUUUGUGGAAAUGUGAAAGAAUGUAGGAGAAUAUAACACAUUAGAUCUGGUAAAAGAUAAUACAAAGAAAAAAAAAUAGCUUUUUUGGUAUUUUUUUUUGGUACCACCAUCUUUGAAAUGCAAGAGAAAGGCCAUAAUGUAUUAUUCCAGCCCAGGUGCAAUUUACAUUUUGGCCACUAGAUGGCAGCAGUGUAUGUGCAAAGUUUCCGACUGAUCCAAUGAACCAUUGCAUUUCUGUUCAAAAUGUUGUAUCAAGACUUCCCAAAUGUGCCUAAUUUGUUUAUUAAUAACUUUUCAUGUUCAAAAUUGUGCACUCUCCUCAAACAAUAGCAUGGUAUUCUUUCACUGUAAUAGCUACUGUAAAUUGGACAGUGCAGUUAGACUAACAAGAAUUUAAGCUUUCUGCCAAUAUCAGAUAUGUCUAUGUCCUGGGAAAUGUUCUUGUUUCUUACAACCUCAUGCUAAUCGCAUUAGCCUAUGUUAGCUCAACCUAUCCCGCAGGGGACCCACCAAUCCUGAAGAAGUUUUUAAAAGAAACAGAUGAGUUCUAGAAUGGACUCUGUUAGAAUAAAUGUAUGAGUGUACAGAAGAAUGUUUUGAAAUGAGAUUGGGGCUACUAGGAACUGAUGCCACUCUUUGCACUAUGAACUGACGCAUAAAUGCAUAAAAGGUCAGUCUAUACAGUAUAUGUGGAACUACUGUAGCAAUAUGAAGCUAUUUCAAACUGUCUGACGUUUCAGACUGCUUACCAUUUUCACUCAACUGUUUACCAUUGUACAAAGUAUGCAAAAUAAUGUCCUCAUCUAGAUAAUUAUGUUUGCUUCUAGUGUUAUUGUGUUACUAGUGUUACUUUCCUAUUUGACUUUCAAAUGUUCAAUAGAAUUUUUUUUGGGGGGGGGGAUUGUUGAAUUUCGAUUUUGAAUUUUAAAUUUCGAUUUCAAGAACUUUGAGCUGUAAUGUAUUGUAUGUAUUGAACAAUAUUUAAUAGAAUAGGCUCCCUCAAUAAACAAUUAUCUCCACUUA